CAUUUCGUUUGUACACCCGGAGAGCUAAACAUGAAACGGCUCGUUCUUCUCUGUGCGCUUUCGCUGGCAAGUGCUUCACAGUAUUUCAUCCCUGCUCCUCUGAAUCACGACGGAACUGUCGCUGACACCCACGAAGUGGCACUUCUGAAGCACAAGCACCUUGCAGAACUUGAAAAAGCCGGCGGAGCCGUUGUAUACGCUCCCCAUUACGGAGAUGAACAUUACGAAGAGGCCAAAUGGGAGGAAAACUUGGUUCAAAAACCGUACGACUUUGGUCACGUCGAACCCAGGUACCACGGUCCACCCGCUCCUCUAAACCACGACGGCACGGUCGAAGAAACCCCUGAAGUGAAACAUGCCAAAGUGUACCAUUUCGCCGAACACGCCAAAGCGUUGAACAGACUUCAUUACAGCCACACCCCGAUGAACAACCACUACGAGGAGGUGUCUUACCACUCACCCUUGUCCUACGCCCACUACGCACCACAGCUCGAUUACAGAUACCACGGACCACCUGCCCCGCUCAACCACGACGGAACUGUCGCCGAGACGCCUGAGGUGAAACACGCCAAAGCAGCGCAUUUUGCCGCUCAUGCCGCUAUCAAAUCUCAUUACCCGGUUCAUGUAUUUUUGGCUGACACUCCUGAGGUAGAACACGCCAAGGCCCAACACUACACUGCAUACCAUAAAGUUCUCCAUAGGGGCAGACGUUCUCCAUAUCAGACCUUCGAACACGAAGUAGUUUCCGAUCACAAGUACCAUGGACCACCGGCCCCACUCAAGCACGAUGGUACCGUCGAUGACACGCCCGAGGUGAAGCACGCCAAAGCCGUCCAUUUCGCCGCUCAUGCCAAAGCGAAGUACGGCGUCCACCAGACGCCUGCUCAGUACGCGAUACCCGUACCUAAACUUCAGUCGGUGUACCACGCUGCUCCCGUCGUGUUUGAACCCGUCCAUCACACAUUCGCUCCGGUCUAUCAACACUUCGUUCAACACGUCCCGUUCGAAGAGCACGUCGUCGAGUCCCCGCACUACACCACUGGAAAGUACCAACAGUACGAGCAGUACGAGUUACCUAAACAAGGCCACCAUAUUUUCUACUAAAAAAUGUUCCAAUUGUAAUUGUUCUGUUAAAAUAAAUUCUAACGCUUCACCUUAUAUAAGUUUGUUUUACGGAAUUUUAGCAUUUCUAUUGAAUAUAAAUACAUCAUUUAUAAGUCCCUCGAUAUUUCACACCGCGAGACGUACCUGAUCGGAAAAAGUGACAACGACCUUCAUGACAUUUCCUAUCUAUUGAAUGAUGCCGUGGGCACAGUAACGUAUAAUUAAAUAAUUAACGUCUAAUAAGUAGCCUUCAAAUGUAUAAAAGACAAGUAUUGAUCAAUUAUCACAUUUUAUCAUAUGGAACUUCUCACACAUCGCUGCGCGUAAUCACUACCAUUCAGACGGCCGUCAUCAUUACACGCAAUACGAAGCAU